AUGGAGGAGUUAUCUUAUGAUCGAGAAGCUUUAGCUAGAGAUCAUGCUGUGUAUGUCUCUAAAUUUAAUGAUGAACAGCGUCAUGUUUAUGAUUCUAUAAUUCAGUCGGUUGAUUCUGGAAGUGGAGAAGUAUUUUUUGUAUAUGGAUCUGGUGGUACUGGGAAGACCUUUAUGUGGUCAUCUUUGUCUGCUGUUAUUCUGUGUAGAGGUGAAAUUGUGUUAAAUGUUGCCUCAAGUGGAAUUGCAUCAUUAUUGUUACUUGGUGGGAGGACAACUCAUUCUAGGUUUAAGAUUCCUAUAAAUGUAACUGAGGAUUCAUUUUGUUGUAUUAAACAAGGAAGUUCACUUGCUGAACUUAUUGUUAGAACAAAAUUGAUUAUUUGGAAUGAAGCUCCAAUGAUGCAUAAAUAUUGCUUUGAAGCUUUGGAUAGAAAUCUUCGUGAUCUAAUGCGUUGUUCAAAUCAAAGGAGUCCAGAUUUACCAUUUGGUGGUAUAACAGAUGUUUUUUGUGGUGAUUUUCGGCAGAUUUUACCUGUUAUUCUCAAAUGUAGUAGACAAGAUGUUGUUAAUGGCACUAUCUAUAUUUGGGAUUAUUGCAAAGUUUUGAGUUUGACAAAAAAUAUGAGAUUGUUGAAUGUUGAUAGUGGUACUAAAAGCUUGGAGUUAGUGAAUUUUCUAAAUGGUUGA